CUUCAUUAUUCCGUCAACAUGGUGAGUGUUGUUAAUUUUGUGACGAUGUGUAUUAAUUCUAGAAUAUUUUGUUCAUCCUUUAUAAUUUCUAAUAUUUUUCUCUAUAAUUUGUUUUGCCAAACUAUUUACGUUCCGUUUACAUUAAUAUAUUUUCUAAAAAUAAUUUAACAUGUUUUUAAAACGAUGUUACAAAAAAUGUUUGGAACGAUCCUUGAUAUUUUUUUCUAUUUUAGUCUACACACAAGAAGAAAACUAGGAAACUAAGAGGACAUGUGAGUCAUGGUCAUGGUCGUAUUGGCAAACACCGUAAGCACCCUGGUGGACGUGGUAACGCUGGUGGUAUGCACCAUCACAGAAUAAACUUUGACAAGUACCAUCCUGGUUACUUUGGAAAGUUAGGUAUGAGGAAUUACCACUUAAGGAAAAACUCCAAGUGGAGCCCAGCUAUCAAUUUAGACAAAUUAUGGACGCUAGUUACUGAACAGACUAGGUUAAAAUACAAGGACCAUCCUCAAGGAAAAGCCCCAGUUAUUGACAUUGUUAAAGCUGGUUAUUACAAACUUCUGGGCAAAGGCCGUUUACCUGACCAACCUGUUAUAGUAAAAGCAAAAUUCUUCUCAAAAUCUGCUGAAGAUAAAAUCAAGGCUGUAGGAGGAGCAUGUGUUUUGUCAGCUUAAUUUGUUAAAACAUCAAUAAAUUUAUAAAAUAAG